GGGUUCCUAACCCUAGCGGUGAUCACCAAGAAGAUAAGCGAAGAGGAGACGAUACCAACCAAGAACUCGCCUGAAGAACUCAUCGCCGAUAUACUUUCAAGGCUUCCAGUCAAGUCUCUUCUGAAAUUCAAGCGUGUAUGCAAAACCUGGUGUGCUCUUAUAACCAAUCCUGCUUUCGUCAAAAAGCACCUCAAUCCCUUGCAAGCAAUAGCAACCGCAGCCUCAUUUUGGGACGUCGCUAUCUCUUCUCUCUUGAUUUAGAUUCUUGCGAACAAGAAGAGGAGGUAGAACUCGAUUAUCCGCUCAAGAACCCAAGAAUGACAACCAGGGUAUUGGGUUCAUGCAACGGUUUACUCUGUAUUUCCAACUCUGACGAAGAAAUAUUGCUCUGGAAUCCUUCUAUCAGAAGGCAUCAUGAGGUGCCCUUUACACCUAUAGAAUUUCCAGUCAGAUUACUCAGAUCAGACCUCCGUCACAUGUUUUACGGAUUUGGUUACGACCCCACCACGGACGAUUACAAGCUGAUUAGGGUUGUGGAGUUUUAUGAUGACGAUGAUUACCCUUACUCUUGUGAUUCGGAGGUGAAGGUUUACUCACUUUGUACCAAUUCAUGGAGAAGGAUCUUGGACAUGCCAUACUAUCUCACCUGCCAUUGCUACUAUGGGGUUCUUGCAAAUUAUGCUCUUCAUUGGGUUGCAAUGCGCAAGACGGGACCUGACACGACCUCCAGUUUUAUCGUUUCCUUUGAACUUCGAGAUGAGGAGUAUCGAGAGGUUCCACUGCCUGACUAUGUGGGAGAUGGGUUUUAUAUGAAUCUUGGGGUUCUUGGAGGACAACUUUGCUUGCUCCGCAUUUUCUCCAAGGUUGGUGUUGAGGUUUGGGUGAUGAAGGAUUACGGCGUGAGGGAUUCUUGGGUGAAACAGUCCUCCCUUGAACAAUCAGCAGUGAUAUGGCCUUUUUGCUGCAUCAGACCUAUUUGCUAUACAAAGAAUGGAGAAGUUAUACUCGACAAGUAUACAGCAGACAAAGCGCCGCUUAUCCUGUAUGAUCCGCGUAGUAGAAGUGUUUGGAAUAUUAGGCUUUGUGAUGCUCGAGAUAGGAAUGGAGCAGAGAUCUGCAUUGGGAGUCUCCUUCUACUCGAUACGAAAGAUGGAGCUCAACAAACAGCAAUGAAGAAAAGGCAGAGCUGGUUCUUGUCUCUUACAGGGGUAUUUUUGGAAAUGUGGUGCUGUAGUGAGGAUGAUGAAGAUGGAUCAGGAAAAUUUAAAGGAAGGACCUGAAAACAUAGGGCUGACGUUGGAACAGGAAGGUUAGCAACGAACUGAUUGAGAAUGGGAAAGCAAAUCACAAGGCAAUCAAGGCAUGGCUUACAGAGUAUAUCCUACUUAAAGAGUAUGAACAUCGAUGCCCUUAUGUUUUUUAUAUGGUUUGGAACAUAUUACAGCUCACUGACUUCAAUCUUUUUGUUCAAACACUUUAAAAAUGUCAAUACAACUGUGGUGGUGCCUAUCUUUGAUCA